UCUAUGCGGUCUGGGGUUGGAGCGCGGUGCUGGGCGUUCCUGAGAAGCCUGGCCAGGGAGGAGAGCCGAGGGACCGGCUGCCGGCAUCUGCUUAGAAACGCGGCGGAGACGGUCCCUCCCCCUGGAUGCAGGGCUGGUAAAUUCCAUCUGAAAAAUAAGAGCUGAGCGCUCUGCUGAGUCAUAGAAGAACCCUGGGAGCGGAUUGCACGCGCAGGCCCGAGUCCCAGCCGAGCCAGAGGGAUCCACGGUCAGGAGGCAGCAGAGAGAGAUAGACAGAAGAGCACAAGCAGAGGGAGUGGCAGAGGGAGAGGGAGAAGCAGGCUCCGCACUGAGCAGGGAGCCCGAUGCGGCACUCGAUCCCAGGACCCUGAGAUCAUGACCUGAGCUGAAAGCAGAUGCUUAACCAUCUGAGCCACCCAGGCUGCGAGGUCAGGAGUGCACCACAGCACCCCAUCAUCAGAUGGAUGUGGAGCAUAGACGAGAUUGGCUCGAGCAGGCCUGAGACACAGGUGAGCGAGAAAAUGUAGCCGCAGUAAGGCGCUACCUGCCGGAGCUUGGUGCGGACAGCCCAGCCGAGACGCACGGCCCACCCCGGGCACCCCUUGGGCCACCCUCACCAUGUCCAAGAAGGGCACGGGCGGCCGAGGCAAGGGGGACAAGGCGGAGCUCCUCGCUGCUCUGCAGACCGCCAACGAGGAGCUGCGGGCCAAGCUCACUGACAUCCAGAUCGAGCUGCAGCAGGAGAAGAGCAAGGUCAGCCGGGUGGAGAGGGAGAAGAACCAGGAGCUGAGGCAGGUGCGGGAGCACGAGCAGCACAAGAACGCCGUGCUGCUCACCGAGCUCAAGACGAAGCUGCACGAGGAGAAGAUGAAGGAGCUGCAGGCCGUGCGUGAGGCCCUGCUGCGGCAGCACGAGGCCGAGCUGCUGAGGGUCAUCAAGAUCAAGGACAACGAGAACCAGCGGCUGCAGGCCCUGCUGCACAGCCUGCGGGACGGCGCCCCCGACAAGGCCAAGAUCGUGCUGCUGUCCGAGGCGAAGGAGGAGGCCAAGAAGGGCUUCGAGGCGGAGAAGAUAAAAAUGCAGCAGGAGAUCUCGGAGCUCAAGGGGGCCAAGAGGCAGGUGGAGGAGGCGCUGACCAUCGCGGUCCAGGCCGACAAAAUCAAGGCCGCGGAAAUCAGGAGUGUGUAUCACCUCCACCAGGAGGAGAUCUCCCGCAUCAAGAAGGAGUGCGAGCGGGAGAUCCGCAGGCUGAUGGAGGAGAUAAAAUUUAAAGACAGAGCAGUCUUCGUGCUGGAGAGAGAGUUAGGGGUUCAAGCCGGGCAUGCUCAGAGACUACAGCUCCAAAAAGAGGCUCUAGAUGAGCAGCUGUCCCAGGUCAAAGAGGCUGAUCGGCACCUGGGCAGCCCCAGACGGGAACUUCCUUAUGCAGGCGGUGCAGGAGACGCCUCAGACCACUCGGGAAGCCCUGAACAGCAGUUGGAUGAAAAGGAUGCUCGGCGCUUCCAACUUAAAAUUGCAGAGCUGAGUGCAAUCAUUCGGAAGCUGGAGGACCGAAAUGCCUUGCUUUCGGAAGAAAGGAAUGAGCUGUUAAAGCGCUUAAGGGAAGCUGAGAGUCAGUACAAGCCAUUGCUGGAUAAAAACAAACGCCUCACUCGGAAAAAUGAAGAUCUGUCCCAUACUUUACGUCGGAUGGAAAACAAGUUAAAAUUUGUCACGCAGGAGAACAUAGAAAUGAGACAAAGGGCCGGGAUCAUCAGGAGACCCAGCUCCUUAAACGACCUGGAUCAAAGUCAAGACGAGAGAGAAGUUGACUUCUUGAAACUUCAAAUUGUGGAGCAGCAGAACCUCAUAGACGAGCUUUCUAAGACCCUGGAAACCGCUGGCUACGUGAAGAGUGUGCUAGAGCGAGAUAAGCUUUUAAGAUUUCGGAAGCAAAGAAAGAAAAUGGCCAAACUCCCCAAGAAGCCGGUUGUGGUGGAGACCUUCUUUGGAUAUGACGAAGAGGCUUCCCUGGAAUCCGAUGGCUCCUCCAUCUCUUAUCAGACAGACAGGACCGACCAGACUCCAUGUACCCCCGACGAUGACCUGGAGGAGGGCGUGGCCAAGGAGGAGACCGAGCUGAGGUUCCGGCAGCUGACCAUGGAGUACCAGGCUCUGCAGCGAGCCUACGCCUUGCUGCAGGAGCAGGUCGGAGGGACGCUGGAUGCAGAGCGAGAAGUUAAGACCCGCGAGCAGCUGCAAGCAGAGGUGCAGAGAGCCCAGACGCGGAUAGAAGACCUGGAGCAGACCCUGGCUGAGCAGGGGCAGGACAUGAAGUGGAUUGAAGAGAAGCAAGCGCUGUAUCGAAGGAACCAAGAGCUUGUAGAGAAGAUUAAACAAAUGGAAAUAGAAGAGGGUCGGUUAAAACACGAGGUCCAGGAUGCGAGGGACCAAAACGAGCUGCUGGAGUUCCGGAUCCUGGAACUCGAGGAGAGGGAGAGGAAGUCUCCGGCCAUCAACUUCCACCACACCCCCUUCGCAGACGGGAAGAGCCCCCUCCAGGCCUACUGUGAAGCUGAAGGAGUGACGGACAUCCUGGUCACGGAGCUGAUGAAGCAGCUGGACAUCCUGGGGGAUAACGCCAAUCUGACCAAUGAGGAGCAAGUGGUCGUCAUACAAGCUAGGACAGUCCUGACCUUGGCUGAAAAGUGGCUCCAGCAGAUCGAAGAGACAGAGUCCGCCCUGCAUCAGAAGAUGGUUGACCUGGAGAGUGAGAAGGAGCUGUUCAGUAAGCAGAAGGGCUACCUGGAUGAAGAGCUGGAUUAUAGGAAGCAGUCCUUGGACCAGGCUCACAAGCACAUCCUGGAGCUGGAGGCCAUGCUGUACGACGCCCUGCAGCAGGAGGCCGGGGCCAAAGUGGCCGAGAUCCUGUCAGAGGAGGAGCGCGAGAAGCUCAAGGUGGCCGUGGAGCAGUGGAAGCGCCAGGUCAUGAGCGAGCUGCGGGAGCGGGAUGCCCAGAUCCUACGGGAGCGCAUGGAGCUGCUGCAGCUGGCACAGCAGAGAAUUAAAGAGUUAGAAGAAAGAAUAGAAGGUCAGAAGAGGCAAAUAAAGGAACUGGAGGAAAAGCUUUCAUUCUGUGGUCAUAGCUCGCCCGGCCCCCACACGGUGAGUAUUUCAUCGCUGGCGCCCUCUGGCCAGGGUCCCGCCCGCCCCCCAGGGGCCAGCGGGGGCUCCCCGCACUCGAGCUGCCCGCGUGCUGUCGGAAGCCCAAGGCGUGUCCAGAGGGCUGUUCCAAAUCCAGGGCCAGGAUUCAGGGGCCGGUCAGAGGGCUUGAGGGGGCUUGCCCCUCUUGAGCGGGAAGGAGCGGAGGAACCCCCAGGUGCGCCUACCUGGCGGGAGUCGCGCACGCGCUCCGCUUCCCUGCUUCUGUGGCCUCGGCAGGAAGCAGCGCUGGAGAGCGCGGUCCUCUCGCGUUCUUGUCCUUUUCCACUGGCGCGGAGGACAAGCUGGGCUUACACUGCAGACUCGCCCAGAAGUGCCGGGCUUCCGUGAUACGCGGGUCUCAUUCACAGACGUGAAACCAGUCAUGCUCAGCCGUGGUGCCAUUACUGAGGCUUUAGACCAGGGCCACAUGCAAAGGCCUGACCACUGCUUCCUUCCGACAUAAGAUGAGAGGACCAGCAGCGCUGGCCUCGCCAUCCUGCUCAGCCCGUGCCCCGCCCUUCCGAGGUCUCCAGAGGAGCCAGACCCCUUUCCUCCAGCUGGACCAGAGAGCAGUGGGUGCCUGGGCGGCAAAACAAGAUGCCCCAUCCGGUCCCUG